CAGACCAGUGGAGCGUCAGACCAGUGGUCGGACCAGUGGAGCGUCAGGGUUCCUCAAGAAACAAGCUUCUCCUAGACAGGUCUCCCUUCUCCUCAAGUCAUGUCCUCCCCAACGAAUGUGUCUGAGGACCAGCUCCAGUGUCCCAUCUGUUUCCUGGUCUUCACUGAUCCCGUUUCCACGCCAUGUGGUCAUAACUUCUGCAAGGCCUGCAUCAACCGGUUCUGGACCGACCAGACAGCGCCGCGCUGCCCGUGCUGCCGGCAGCCCUGCAGACCCUCGGAGAUCAGGGUGAACACCGGCCUGCGGGACAUCGUGGAGCUCUUCAUCAGCACACGAGAGGAGGAGGGCUCCGUGGCUCGGCCGGGGCAGGUGCCUUGCGACGUCUGCCGUGGCUCCAAGCUCAGGGCCCUGAAGACCUGCAUGGUGUGUCUGGUGUCCUAUUGCCGCCGCCACCUGGAGCCGCACCGCAGGGUGCCCGGCCUCAUGAGGCACCAGCUGGAGGAGCCGCUGCAGAACCUGGCCGGCCGCGUGUGCCAGAAGCACAACAAGGUGCUGGAGGUGUUCUGCAGGGAGGAACAGGUGUGCGUGUGCGUCCUGUGUAUGAAGGAGGAACACCUGACCCACCAGACCGUCUCCCUGGAGGAGGAGGCCGCAGAGAGGAGGACUGGUCUAGGAGUCAGGGCGCUCCAGAUGAAGGAGCAGGUGAAACAUAAAGCCUCUGAGAUUCAAGACGCAAAGAAGUGUGUGGAGGACAGGAGGAGGGAGGUGGAGCUGGACACGCAGGAGAGCGUGGCGGCUCUUAAAGAUCUUGUUACGUAUGCUCAGGCCCACAUGGAGCAGAUGGUCGAAGUGAUGAAGGAGAGGCAGAAGUCAGAGGAGGAGAAGGCUACACAUCAUCUCGGAAAGCUCCACUUGGAGCUAGCAGAGCUCCAACAGAAGAGCAAGGAGAUGGAGGAGCUCUGCCAGACGAAGGAUCUCCUCCUCCUCCUCGACGGCUCCUCCUCCUCCCCUGGGCCCCUCCCCGCCCCCCCGGCUCCCGGGGGCCCCACCGGGGGCGCCGUCCGGCAGCAGCCGCUGUGGGCGGCGGAGGUGAAGGCGUUGGUGCAGAGCGUGGAGGAGACUCUGGGCAAGGAGAUGAAGAGGGUCCUGGCUGUGGAGGAGGACGAGCUGAAGGCCCAGCAGCACCACUGGGUGGAGGUGGACCUGGAUGCUGACACCGCCCACCCAAGCUUAGUCCUCUCCCUAUAUAAGAAAAGAGUGAAGGACGGAGGGCCGCUGACCCAAGACCCUCUCCUCAAAAACCCCAAGAGGUUUGACUCCCACCACUGUGUUCUGGCCAAGAAGGGCUUCUCAUCGGGGCGUUUCUACUUCCAGGUGGAGGUGAGGAAUCAGACGGGAUGGGAGGUGGGGGUGGUCAGAGAGUCCAUCAAGAGGAAGGGUCCCUGUAUCAACCUUCUGCCUGAGCAGGGCGUCUGGACCCUGGGUCUCUACCAUGGGCAGUACCAGGCCAACGCCAGCCCCCCCGUGCCCCUCCACCUGGGGCAGCUGCCCCAGAAGGUGGGGGUGUCUGUGGACUACGACGGGGGCUGUGUCUCCUUCUACGACGUGGACUCCAGGACCCUGAUGUACUGCUUCAGCGGCUGCUGCUUCAACGACUUGUGGUUCAGCAAGUAUAAAGGAACCAACAUCCUCCCCUUCUUCCGGCCCAGUGACAGACCUGGCGAUGGGCCUCUGAUCAUCAGUCCCGUCCACCAGCACUGAGGUUCAGGGGGAUCCGGGGGCGAGGGGUGGUGGGCGUGCACCGCCGCCAUCCACUAGCCGGAGGCAGAGAGAGCACUUCAUUCCUCACCCUCAUCAGCCAGACGGGGAACACCUGGCCGGAGGAAGGGAAGGAGCGGGUGGACAUCUUAAAGGAGAGCCGAGGACUCACUCCAGGGCAGAGACAGUCGGACCUAUGAGGAGGAGGCCAUCGACACGACCCCGGCUACGAGGCUCUCGGAGACCCUAGCCCAGUGAUAUAUACCGUGUGCUUUUGCCUAUUCUUUUGAAUAAACGCCGACUACGGCUUAAACCCGCAUCCCGAGUGUGGUAGGAGAGCCGGGUCGAUUGAAACACGGGACGAUUGAAACACAGAGAUUUCCUCGAAAACCACGCAAGGCUUUCACGUCAAAUUACGUCACUACGUUCAGCACGCAAGACUGACCAACCCCACGAAAUUUCGUGUAAUGACGUCCCACCGUUCAAAUGUUAUCCCCCAAACCUGUUUUCGAGAGCGCAAACUAAAAUCCUUCCUGCGGUAGUUUUUUUGUAAUAAAUAGUUGUUUUUUGUUUCAUGCCAUAAUAAUAUGACUAUACAACAGAUGAAUUAGUACUUAAACCUGUGUUAAAGUGUGCAAUGUCAGAGUUUUGAAGUUUAGAGGUAAAAAAGGUUUAAGUGUCGCUGUAGGGACGACAGAAACACUUGUUUCAAACGCAAUAGGAGUCAUGUUAUCCGGUUGACGUGGUCGUUUUUGUUUAAAAUAAAUAAAAGGAUGUUCAACUGUGUAUCCCUAAACAUGACUUAGGACAGGGAAAUAAGUAAAUUUAAUGCAAAUUUAGUCGUCCAAAAGAAGAAAGGUGAGUUUUAAUCGAAAUGUGCAUCUUGACAAUUACGCACAAUUACGCACGGGCCAAAAAUAUAUUUUAACCUAUGUAUAUUAUGCGGAAUUAUGUGAAAUUUUAGCAAUGACGAGUACACUACUAUGUUGUCCGGUAUAUUGCAAAAAACAAGAGUAAGUUCAAUAGUUUAUUUUUAAAAUAUGCUGUUUCAUUCGUCCCGCAUGUGUGUUUCAAACGUCCCGACUAGGCGGGGUGUUUGAAACAGAUGUCAAGUUACUUUCAAAGUUAAAAAACAGCUCGAUCAUUCAACAUAUGUAUUAAAUUACACUUGCAACUAAGAUAACACACAUGUGAGUGGUUGAUCACAUGUUGAAAUUAUUUGUAUACGUAACGUAAUCUUUGAAAAAGACGUUUAACUGAAAAGUGUUUCAAUCGACCCCUACUAGCCGUGACGAACAGUCUCUAUCGUAACCGGGAUGCCACAAUGUGUGUGUGUGUGUGUGUGUGUGUGUGUGUGUGUGUGUGUGUGUGUGUGUGUGUGUGUGUGUGUGUGUGUGCAGGGCGGCCCCAGCACAUUUGGCGCUCUAGGCGAGCUUCACUCCUGGCGCUCCCCCCCCCUCCGCAAAAAAAUUAAUAAAUAAAUAAAUAAAUUAAAUAAAAUAAUCAUAAUAGUUCGUUAAUUCCCCACGAAAACUGAAUUGCAACCUUGAAAAACUGUUUUGCCCUGUAACUGCAUUUCUUUCACAUAAACACAACAACGAUCGCAACGAUGAACAAACAUUAAUUCAAGAAUAAAAUCCACGGAGGAAAAAAUUGC